AUGUAGGCACUUAUUCCGCUGGGAUAGCGCGGCCGGAGCGCGGCGGCGGCAUGGCCCGGGUCCCGAUCUGCGCCCUCCUCCCGCUUCUCGUCGGCGUCUGCGGGGCCGUCACCGGCUCCCGGAUCUAUCCCGCCAGCGAAGUUACCUUGCUGGAUUCCAGAUCAGUUCAGGGAGAGCUGGGGUGGAUAGCAAGUCCCUUGGAAGGAGGGUGGGAGGAAGUAAGCAUUAUGGAUGAGAAGAACACUCCGAUCCGCACCUAUCAAGUCUGCAAUGUGAUGGAGCCCAGUCAGAAUAAUUGGCUACGAACUGACUGGAUUCCCCGUGAGGGGGCUCAAAGGGUAUAUAUUGAAAUCAAGUUCACACUCAGAGAUUGCAACAGCCUGCCGGGCGUCAUGGGAACUUGCAAAGAGACUUUCAACCUUUAUUAUUAUGAAUCAAACAAUGAUAAGGAGCGUUUUAUUCGAGAGAGCCAGUUUGCCAAGAUCGAUACCAUUGCUGCUGAUGAGAGCUUCACCCAGGUGGACAUUGGAGACAGGAUCAUGAAGCUGAAUACAGAGAUACGGGAUGUAGGACCACUCAGCAAGAAAGGGUUUUAUUUGGCUUUUCAGGAUGUCGGUGCCUGCAUUGCUUUGGUCUCUGUUCGUGUCUUCUAUAAGAAGUGCCCGUUGACAGUUCGGAACCUGGCACAGUUUCCAGACACCAUUACUGGGGCUGAUACAUCCUCUCUGGUGGAGGUUCGUGGCUCCUGUGUCAACAACUCAGAAGAGAAGGAUGUGCCAAAAAUGUACUGUGGGGCAGAUGGCGAAUGGCUGGUGCCCAUUGGCAACUGUCUGUGCAAUGCUGGCUAUGAAGAACGCAAUGGUGAAUGCCAAGCUUGCAAAAUCGGAUACUACAAGGCUCUCUCGACAGAUGUUGCUUGUGCCAAAUGCCCGCCUCACAGCUACUCCAUCUGGGAAGGCUCUACCUCCUGCACCUGCGAUCGGGGCUUCUUCCGAGCUGAGAAUGAUGCUGCCUCCAUGCCCUGCACUCGCCCUCCAUCUGCUCCCCAGAACCUGAUUUCCAAUGUCAAUGAGACAUCAGUGAACUUGGAGUGGAGCCCCCCCCAGAACAAAGGUGGCCGGGAAGACAUCUCCUACAACGUGGUGUGCAAGAGGUGCGGUGCCGGCGACCUCGGCCGCUGCCGGUCCUGCGGCAGUGGAGUGCACUUCAGCCCCCAGCAGAACGGCCUGAAAACCACCAAAGUCUCCAUCACCGACCUCCUGGCACACACUAACUACACCUUUGAAGUCUGGGCCGUGAAUGGAGUGUCCAAGCAAAACCCCAGCCAGGACCAAGCUGUGUCAGUCACUGUGACGACUAACCAAGCAGUUCCUUCCCCCAUCAUUGGCGAUGGUACCAAUCCCACAGUGCUUCUUGUUUCAGUGGCUGGCAGUGUUGUUCUUGUGGUCAUUCUCAUUGCAGCCUUUGUCAUCAGCAGGAGGCGCAGUAAGUACAGCAAGGCUAAGCAAGAGGCAGAUGAGGAGAAACAUUUGAACCAAGGUGUUAGAACAUAUGUGGAUCCUUUUACAUAUGAGGAUCCAAACCAAGCUGUGAGGGAAUUUGCCAAAGAAAUCGAUGCCUCCUGCAUAAAGAUUGAAAAAGUUAUUGGUGUGGGGGAGUUUGGUGAAGUGUGCAGUGGACGUCUCAAAGUACCAGGAAAAAGAGAGAUCUGUGUUGCUAUCAAGACUCUAAAAGCUGGUUACACUGAUAAACAAAGGAGAGACUUCCUCAGUGAGGCCAGUAUCAUGGGACAAUUUGACCACCCCAAUAUCAUCCACUUGGAAGGUGUAGUUACUAAAUGUAAACCGGUAAUGAUCAUAACUGAGUACAUGGAGAAUGGCUCCUUGGAUGCCUUCCUCAGGAAGAAUGAUGGCAGAUUUACAGUCAUCCAGUUGGUGGGGAUGCUUCGUGGCAUUGGCUCGGGAAUGAAGUAUCUCUCUGACAUGAGUUACGUGCAUCGGGAUCUCGCUGCUCGCAACAUCCUGGUCAACAGCAACUUGGUCUGCAAAGUGUCUGAUUUUGGCAUGUCCCGGGUCCUGGAAGAUGACCCUGAAGCAGCUUAUACCACACGGGGUGGCAAGAUCCCCAUCAGGUGGACUGCACCAGAGGCAAUUGCCUACCGUAAAUUCACAUCAGCUAGUGAUGUGUGGAGCUACGGCAUCGUCAUGUGGGAAGUGAUGUCCUAUGGAGAAAGACCUUACUGGGAUAUGUCCAAUCAAGAUGUUAUUAAAGCCAUUGAGGAAGGGUACCGGCUGCCACCCCCGAUGGACUGCCCCAUUGCUCUCCAUCAGCUGAUGCUGGACUGCUGGCAGAAGGAGCGCAGUGACAGGCCUAAAUUUGGACAGAUCGUCAACAUGCUGGACAAACUCAUCCGCAACCCCAACAGCCUGAAGAGGACAGGCAGUGAGAGCUCCAGACCUAGCACAGCCCUGCUGGAUCCCAGCUCCCCUGAGUUCUCAGCGGUUGUUUCUGUCGGUGACUGGCUCCAAGCCAUGAAAAUGGAGCGAUACAAGGAUAACUUCACAGCUGCUGGCUAUACCACCCUAGAGGCUGUGGUGCAUAUGAACCAGGAUGACCUGGCGAGGAUCGGGAUCACGGCCAUCGCGCACCAGAACAAGAUCCUGAGCAGUGUCCAAGCGAUGCGCACUCAAAUGCAACAGAUGCACGGCAGGAUGGUUCCCGUCUGAGCCAGUACUGAAUAAACUCAAAACUCUUGAAAUUAGUUUACCUCAUCCAUGCACUUUAAUUGAAGAACUGCACUUUUUUUACUUCGUCUCCUCGCCCGUCGAAAUAAAGAUCUGCAGCAUUGCUUGAUGUACAGAUUGCGGAAGCCGAGCGUGUGUGUUUGGGGGGGGGCUCCAGAAAUGACGAGCCGUCAUUUUAGACCAGUCCUGGAACAAAUUGUUUCUUGGAACAUACUUCUCUGUUGAUCAACGAUAUGUAAAAUACAUGUAUCUAUAUAAAUAUAAAGUCACAUUCGAGUUUUGAUGCUAUGUUUGCUGCCAGAUACUGUGCUUGAAAAAACAACAGCAUUACUUUCCUUCUCCCUGUGACCUGUAGGAUUACAACCAUAGUGUUUUAUUCGUGGGUGAAACCACCGAUGUGCAUCUUUCACUGGAAUGAAGACUCUGCCCUAGGAUAUAUUUUGCAGACUUGAUGCAUCACUAAUACCUUGCAGAAACCUCAGUGAGAAUGUUGUUUGGCUAAUCAGUGCCUGCCAAUUAGUGAUCUACCCAUUUAUGGGCUUGAGACAUGAAGUGACCCACCUUGUGGAUUACUGGGCAAAACUGGACUUCUGGGGAGAUUAUUGGCUGUUGUUGUGCCGUGCUGAAGCCUACCAUUGAAAGACAUUUUGUGAACAUCUCGCCAGUAGUCAGCUGUGACAAUCGUGGCUGUGGAGCUUUCAGACUUCUUUUCUCUUUCAAGAAGCAAUUCCCUUUGCCUCACAGAAGGGAAAUGGAUUUUGUUUUCACGGCCCCAUAGCCUGUCCUGUUGAUCGAAUUGACCAUGGAGGAACAUAGACUAGACAUGAAGCCUUCUGGAUCCACAGUUGCGUCUUCCAUAGCACUGAUUCUGGAAAACACAUGCUGAGCAGUCAUCGGUCCCUGAAGAGAGCGUGACUUUUACUUUCUCUAUUUUUUUUUUCCGGGCCACCCACUCCGUUGUUUUUCUCCACUGAGCGAUAACUAACUCUUUAAGACUCAGCACCCAGUUGUCACUUGAGGAAUGUACUGUGUCAAAGCCCUGCAGACUUCUGGAUUUUUUUUCCUCCCCUUCUGCCUUCUCUUCCUACCUUCAGUUUUAUUUAUAUAUUUUGUUAUUUCCUCUCCUCGUCUCCCUGGCUGUUACCGCUCCAUCUCAGACAGAUGCAGGUGAUGGAGCACUACACAUCUUACCAAGGACACCAGGCCAGGUGCCACAGCAAAGAACCCAGUUCCUGUGAGCUGCCUAUGUACAUUGCUGAGGUGACAUUUUACACUGAAGGUGCCAUUGCAGUGAUAUAAAUAUAUUUUUUUUCCUUGAGUGGAUAAUGGAUUAUUAUCUCCUCUGAAAGGUGCGUCUGUGUGGCUGUGUGUGUGUGUUUGCGUGCGAGGCACCUCGUGUGUAGAACUGCCUGUGAAUGUGCCGAGAACACCUCUGGAAGCGCAGGAGUCCCCUGUCAUGUGAGAGUAGGCCAAUAACUUGUGUCUGAAAUGGUAGCAAGAACACACACAUUAAAAAAUGUUUGAAUUUCUGUAUCUGUAAGUGUAGUUUUUAGCUGCCACACUAAUGAGUAGUUUUGCAGCCUGAAACAGGGGCAAUUUCAAGUUAGUUUUGGAUUUACAGAUUACGGGAUCUAAAGGGUGCUAAAGGUUUUUGUUAAGUGUUGUUUAUUCGUACUAGUGCCCUGUUCAUGACCAAGACCAACCAGUUUGCAAGUGGCAAGGUAAUGGAGGCAACACCUGCAUUUCCAUCCACUGGUAAUCCUGAACUGAAUUCUUACGUAGCCUUUUUUAUCUGCAAAAAUAGGAUUUUAAAGACUUGUUGAAUGCGAACAAAUAUAUGCAAUUCUUCCAUUCACAGAAGCACCUUGCUCUGUGUGCAAGCUGUGAAAUCUUGUAACGUAAUAAUCAGAACACUUCCCUGGUUCCCAGCACAGAUAAGGAACAAUAAUGCCAGUAAAGUUACUGUAGUUAGCCAGGCAGUUGUGAAAUGAGUCCUGUUCCUUGUAGAGGUAAUGAAGAGCAGGUGAAGUGCAGUAGAAGACACUCUUUCUUCCAUGGCCUGAGGAACAGUGCUGCAACUUACUGGUUCCUACCAAGGAAAGCUUUCUGUGUUUGGAGAAUCCACCUUAGUGUAGUGUAAGGUAGUUGGAGUGGAGCGGAGGGGAAUCACCCAGGGAACGCAGGGCUGCCAGAGUGCUUGGAGCGGGGCAGGUGACACUCCCCACUUGCUCCCUGGCUGCUGGGGGCCGCCAGUGCAGCCCAGGUUGGACAGGGGCUGGCUCUGGCAGACGUUGGGCAGUCUGGAUGUGCAGCCUUGACCGGAGCUGUGGUGUCCUGAAGUUGCUUCUGCUUCCUCCUUGCCGACCCUCGGAGCUCCUGGAGCAGUAAUUCUGCCUGCUCUGGCAGAGGAGGAGCGGCAGGGCUGUGGGAGGGAAGCGAAGGCAGCGGUGCUGUUGGCUGAGGCUGGGCACGGGCAGGGCACCGGGAGGUGCCAGCUGUGCUGGGAUGGGCGGCCACAGGCUGCUCCAGGCGGAGCUGGGAUGAGCGGAAGGCGAGUGCCACGGCACUGCUGCCCCUUGGGAGAAGAGAGGUCACUGCCGGCCUGUCUCGCACGAGAAGCCUCUGUGUGUUAAGAAAUUGUCCUGCUCACACACCACUGGUUGAUGUUUGUCCGGGUUUUUCUUGCUGUGCUAAUUUUGUGAUGGAUCUUAUGUAUUAAAAAUAUAUAUGUAUAAAAUACAAAAAGCUGGUAAGUAACCAGUGAACAGGACUUAAAAAGCAGUAUUUUUCUUUUAUGUGACAUUUUCAUAACCAGAAAAGAAAAAAAAAUCUGAAAUACUAAUCAGACAAAUAAAAAGAGAGUGCAUUUAUUUUUUUGUAUCACUGCAAGUAUGUUGGAAUAUGCAAGGACUGUGGUUAAAAUUAGAAUGUAUGAGGCAUAUUAUAAUUUAGUUCAUACUGAAAAAAUCUAACAGCAUUUCUUGGUUUGUGCAUUUGAAUGAUCUCUGGGUUAGAUAUAUAGAUUUUUCUAUUUUGUUUUAAUUUGUAAUUUUUUUCCCCCUCCAUGAAUUUUAGGUACACAUAACUUAUGUCAUUUAUUUAUGGUCUUUUAUACCUAGUUUGUAAAAUUGUAAAAUAGCAAACAAUGCAAACAUUUGCAUUUGAAAAUAAUAAAGUAGUUGCUGUACAAACCUGAAA